AUGGCUGAGGAGCAGGACUUGAUACUGUUUGAAAAUCAGCUUCCUUAUUUUCUUCUUCAAGAGCUAUAUCAAGAACUAUAUCAAAAAAAACAAGACCUCCCCUGCUCCUGGCCGACACCUUCCAAUGAUCAUUCCAUAGAGACUGACAAAGCCAAAGGUCCUCAUGAUGCCCUGAUUGAGCUUACCUGUGAGUUCUUCAAAGAUUAUAAGAAGGGGAAACCCGUCGAGAAUAUAGGAACACCGAAACAUUUCACCAAUUUGGUUAGGCAUUUUCAAUGUCCUGACAAAGCAAAGGAUGGUAAACAUAAUAGCACACCUGUCCAAAAUAUAUACGCUGCAAAGAAGCUGAGGGCAUCAGGCGUGAAGUUUAGGCCACUUAAAGAUGGACCCUUUAUCAUAAAGAUAGAUGAGGCCACUAAAUGUAAGUUCAACUUAGCAUGUGUUAGAAAUAUGGACUUGAAGCUUACACCAUUUGGGGUCAAGGAGGAUGAGACAGAAUGCGUUGUUCAGAACAUCAUGGCCUUGGAGCAGUUUUUGUACCCAGACAAGCCUUAUAUCUGCAAUUACUUUUUGCUUAUGGAUCAGCUGGUGGACACUCUGGAUGAGGUGGAUUUGCUGGUUGAGAACAAAGUUAUUAUUAACAUGCUAGGCAGCAACAAAGCAUUGGCGAAGCUGGUUGAUAGACUUUGCGAGCAGAUCAUGGACGAUCCAUCCUGCUAUUUUGGUAUCAGUGAUCAGCUUAAUAAGCACUAUGAAAAUUUUUGGAACCGUCAUGUGGCAACCCUGAAACGAGUUUACUUCAAGGAUCUCUGGACGGGCAGUUCAACUGUACUUGGAGUUUUCGUUCUGCUUUUCUCUGUCAGUGGAACCACUAAGUAUCUCAUGUCGUAA